AUAACCAGCGUAAAAGAGAUUUGUUUUAAGGAAUAAAUGUGAAGGAAGCUUGCCAUAGACAAAGCAGAGCUCUCAGCUUUCUUCACAUUCAAUUAACCUGUGACGCUGACCCGUUUUGGCGCGGUCCUGCGCUCUGAUUUUACGCACAAGCGUUGAUUUGAUCUGUCUGUUACCACGGGCGAACAUGCGCGCGCCGUGCUGUGCGCGAGGUCCACAUGACGUGAAAGAGCAGGAUAUUCCUCCAGGACAAGUUUGAGGGUUACUUCUGCACCUGAAUGCGAGCAGAGAGUGAGAAUUCGACGGGAAAGAUCACGCAGGUGUUCAGCAGCCCGAACCUCGCGAAGAAUGCAACUUCUCACCUGCGCAUAAGAGGCUGCUGGCCUAUGAAUGGGACUGUGCUGUGGCCAACACUGCUUUCGGUACUUCAGUCAGGACUAUGUGCUGCCCAUGUGCCACUCUGAAUGCACUGGCCAGCUGUUUGCGAGAGCAGGGAGGGUGGGGCGUCCCACCGGGGGCGAGGUGGAAACAGGACAAUGCCCCCUCCGUUCCGGAUCGCGGUGCUGGGAGCUCAGGGGGUGGGCAAGACGGCCAUUGUGCAGCGCUUUCUUCACGAUGACUACAGUGAGGUGGCGGUGUCCAGUAAGACACGGCAGAUGCAUCUUUCUGCCGCAGUGCUCGAUGGUCAUGUGCAUGACCUUCAGAUCACAGAUUAUCCAGCCAUCAGCAGCUUUCCUGUCAGCUCUCUACAGGAAUGGUCCGAUGUUUGCUGUCGAGGCAUUCGGAGCGCUCAUGUCUACGUUCUGGUUUAUGACAUCUGCUCUUUCGACAGCUUUGAGUAUGUCAAGACCAUGCGGCAGCAGAUCUUAGAGACCAGAGUCAUGGGCUCUGGAGAGACGCCCAUUCUGAUUGUCGGCAACAAGCGUGAUCUGCAGCGAGGUCGCGUCAUCCCUCGACACAGCGUAUCUGACUUAGUCCGAAAGAGCUGGAAGUGUGGAUAUGUGGAGUGCUCUGCCAAGUUCAACUGGCACAUUUUACUGUUGUUCGGAGAGGCUCUCCGCAGCGUGGGUUGUGCCCGCUGCAAGCACAUCCAUGCCACCAUCCAUUUCCAGCGGGCGCUCAGGAGAGAGAGAUGUGUCCUAAUGUGAGGUCGCUGCUUCUCUUCUACAGAGCUCAUUCUAAAGCGGUUUGUGUCUAUGGACACUCUAUUAUUGUGUGGGCAGCUGGAAGAGCUGUGAUAACCCUCAUGCCAAGGAAUUUAACAUUUGGGAUUCUAACUAUGGACUGACAGAUGUGGUCUUAUAACAAGAAGUCCCUGUUGCUUCAUUACUUAAGCCUUCAAACUGAUGUCUCCGCUUUUGGCCUGGAAGAACACAACCAACAUCCCUGCCUCUUAUCUUAGAAAUCCAAACUGCCAAAAGGCUAGUGGAAGACAACUAAAUUAAGCUUUAAUGUUACAUGAAUACACUUGCUUACGUUCAGGCCAGGACAGCACAUAGACGUUCCUCUAUGCUUAUGAACUUAAGGAUCUUCCAGUUCCUGGAAGCAGAAGUGUUUCCCAGCUCAGGUGCCAUAUGCAGGCACUGAUUCUGCAACUACACCACAAAGCACAAAUUACACAAAGAAUCUAUGUUCUAUGGAUACUUCUGUGUUUUUAAAGGGACAGUUCACUGACAAAUGGCAUAAUUUACUCACCUCUGUGUUGUUGCAAACCCGUCUGUCUGUCAUUUGUGGAACACAAACUUUACCAUGUAGUUACAUACAAUGGUGAGCUUUCAAGCUUCAAAAGGGAUGCAAAACAAUUAUCCAUACUGCUCCAAUAGCUUUAUAUAGGAAUUUUAUGGGAUUUCACCAAAAUGUUCCUCUUUAGUGAACUGGAGGAGGGAGCUGUGAUAACCCUCUGCUGUGAUCAGGAGUCGAUCUAAGUUGAACUCGAACCACGGGCCUCAAUAAAAUAAAAUGUUGCAUAGAAACUGUCCUACAUAUGAUCAUACGAUCAUUUCUCAAAUGUGCACACGUGUGAUUCAGGGAAUGAAUGUCAAACAAAAAAACAUGCAUACGCUUCUCUUUCAGAUGUUACUUUUAUAAAUCGCAAAUGAUCGUGAAAUUGUGCACAGCUGAACGCUUUCAGAUUUCAGAUUGUAAACGCAGCCUAAUUAAUGUCAU